AUGUCUCAAAAUAAUUUAGAAACAAUUCCUAAAAUUUUGGAACAAUCUUUACAUCCUCAAUUUUCAAAUCAAGCUGAUAAAAUUUUAAAAUCAAUUGAAAAUGAACCAGGAUUUAGUAUAAAUUUAUUACAUGUUAUUGCCUCGACUAAUUUAUCUCAAUCAAUUAGAUUAGCUGGAGCAUUAUAUUUUAAAAAUUUAAUUAAAAGAAAAUGGUUAGAUGGUGAUGGUGAUGGUAAUAAUUAUUUAUUACCAAUUGAUGAUGUCAAUAAAAUUAAAUUAGAAAUCAUUGAUAUAAUGAUUCAAUUACCAAAUCAAUUACAAGUUCAAAUUGGUGAAGCAAUAACUUUAAUUGCUGAACUGGAUUUCCCUCAUAAUUGGCCAAAUUUAAUUGAAAAUUUAGUGACAAAAUUUUCAUUAACUAAUUUUAUUAAUAAUAAAGCCAUUUUAUUAGUAUCACAUCUGAUUUUUAAAAAAUGGCGAGCAUUAUUCAGAUCAGAUGAAUUAUUUUUAGAAAUCAAAUUAGUAUUGACAAAAUUUGUUGAUCCAUUUUUAAAAUUAUUUAUUGAAUUAGAUCAAUUAAUUGAUAAAUCUCUGGAUAAUGAAGCUCAAUUGAUUAUUUAUUUUGAAAAUUUAUUAUUAUUAGUACAAAUUUAUUAUGAUUUUAAUUGUCAAGAUAUUCCGGAAUUUUUCGAAGAUCAUAUGAAUGAAUUAAUGGCCAUAAUUCAUAAAUAUUUAGUUUAUGAAAAUGGAUUAUUAAAAUAUCAUGAUAAUGAUGAAGAAGUUAAUGUAUUAAUUAAAGUGAAAACUUCAAUUGUUGAAUUAUUAAGUCUUUAUAUUACUCGAUAUGCUGAUGUAUUCCAACCAUUAAUUCAAACUUUUAUAACAUCAGUUUGGGAAUUAAUUAAUAAUUAUGUCACUAAACAACCGAAAUAUGAUUUAUUAGUGGUUAAAUCAUUACAAUUUUUAACUUCAAUCAUUAAAAUUCCUGAUUAUCAAUCACUUUUCCAACAAGAAUCUUCUAUUAAUGAAAUUAUUGAAAAAAUCAUUUUACCAAAUAUUUAUUUCCGAGAAAAUGAUGAAGAAACUUUUGAAGAUGAACCAAUUUUAUAUGUUCGAUCUGAUUUAGAAGGUUCAGAUUAUGAUUCAAGAAGAAAAAGUGCUACUGAUUUCUUACGUGAAUUGAAAGAAUUAAAUAGUGAAUUAUUAACAACAACAGUGAUGAAAUAUGUUAAUCAAUUUUUAAAUCAAUCAACUAAUCAUAGUGAUUGGAGAAAUAAAGAUACAGCAAUUUAUUUAUUUAGUUCAUUAGCAACAAAGGGAAGUGUGACAAAUAUUGGUGUUACUAGUACUAAUGUUUUAGUUGAUGUGGUUAAAUUUUUCCUGGAUAAUAUUGCCAAUGAUUUAGCAACAACAACAACAACAACAACAACCACUAAUACUGGUGCUACGUCCGUUCAUCCAAUUUUACAAGUUGAUGCAAUUAAAUAUAUUUAUAUUUUCCGAAAUCAAUUGACUAAAGAACAAUUAAUGAUGACAUUACCUCGAUUAAUUGAUCAUCUUGAUAUUAAAUCAAAUCCGGUGGUAUAUACAUAUUCUGCCAUUACGAUUGAAAAAUUAUUAUCAAUGACAAAUUUUAAUCAAGAUCAUACCCCAAUUUUCAAUAAAACUGAUAUUCAACCAUAUAUUAAUGAAUUAUUAACUAAUUUAUUUAAUCUUAUUUGUAUUAACAACAACAACAACAACAACAACAACAAUAACAAUUCAUCACCAGAAAAAUUGGCGGAAAAUGAAUUUUUAAUUAAAUGUAUUAUGAGAAUUUUAAAUACUGGUGAAGAUUCAUUAAAUGAAAAUAAUAGAUUCCCAAUAAUUAACCAAUUAUUAACAAUUUUAAAAUUAACGGCGAAAAAUCCUUCAAAUCCAAAAUUUUCUCAUUAUAUUUUUGAAAGUUUAGGAUUAUUAAUUAAAUAUGGUAUCAAUGAUAAUGAUAAUGAUAAUAAUGCUGCUAAUCAAUAUAUUGAAAUUAUUAUUCCUGCUUUAUUAGAUAUUUUAAGUGAAGAUGUUCAAGAAUUUGUUCCUUAUACGUUUCAAAUAUUGGCAUUUUUAUUAGAAAAAUAUCCUAAACAACAAGGAUUACCAGAAACUUAUAAAAAUUUGAUUCAACCAUUAUUAUCACCUCUGGUAUGGCAAUUUCGUGGGAAUAUCCCAGGGAUAACAAGAUUAUUAAUUGCUAUUUUGGAACAUGAUCCAAAUUCAACUUUUAUAAAUGGUGGCGAAAAAACUUUAACUCCAUUAUUAGGAGUAUUUCAAAAUUUAUUAGCAAGUAAAAUUAAUGAUGGUUAUGGAUUUGAUUUAAUUCAAUCAAUAAUGUUGAAUAUUCCUAUACAACCAUCAUUACAAUCAUUUUUACCAAAUAUUGCUCGAUUAAUGUUGACAAGAUUACAAAAAUCUCGUACGGAUAAAUAUGUUAAACGAUUUGUAACAUUUUUAUGUCUUUUAUCCACCAUAUCAUUACAAGGUACCACCACUACUACCACCACCACCACUACUACUAAUGUUAAUAAAGAUAUUUUGAAUGGUGAAUUUGUGAUUCAAUUUUUGGAAUCAGUUCAAUCAGGUCUUUUCCAACAAAUUUUAACAUCAUUUAUAUUACCAACUUCAUCAAUUUUAACUAAUUUACAAGAUAAAAAAUUAGUUAAUAUUGGAUUAUCACAAAUUUUAGUGACAAUUUCAACAACUUCUGAACAAUAUGCCCAUUUGACUCCAUUAAUUUUAGAAACUUUAAUAUCUAAUUUGAAUUCUUAUGAAGGUAUUUCAAAGAGCUCAACCAAUAACAAUAACAAUGGAAUCAGUAGUAGUAGUAGUACUAUUGCUACUACUAUCUCUGGUGGUCAACAACCAUUGAAUGAAUUAGAUUUAGAUUUAGAUUUAAAUUUUAAUUUUAAUUCAUUUGGAUCACAAUAUUCAAAAAUUGUCCUGAUCCAAAAUUCAUCAUUUGAUCCAUUAAAUAAUUUAAUUAAAAAUAAUGAUUUUAAUAAUAUUAAAUUGAUAAUUUUUAAUAAUAUUAAGAAAAUUGAUAUUAAAUAUUUAUAUGGUUUAAAUUCAACAAAUCAAGAAAUUUUGAAAAAAUUGGGAUUCUAA